ACCCAGGCUGGAAGUGGAGCUGUCACAAACCACAGGUCUGAGAUGCGGGCCUUGGUGCUACUCCUCUGGGCCGGAACCUUACUUGGGCAAGUCAACUGCCAGAAUGUCGCCAGCAGCUCUGAGGGCUCCCCAGUCCCUGACAGCACUGGGGAGCCAGUGGAGGAAGAGGAUCCCUUUUUCAAGAUCCCUGUGAACAAGCUGGCAGCAGCCAUCUCCAAUUUCGGCUAUGACCUAUACCGCCAGAGAUCCAGUGCCAGCCCUACUGCCAACGUGCUCCUGUCUCCACUCAGCAUGGCCACAGCCCUGUCUGCCCUUUCGCUGGGUGCAGAACAACGAACGGAAUCCAUCAUUCACCGGGCUCUCUACUAUGACUUGAUCAGCAAUCCUGAUAUCCACAGCACCUACAAGGAGCUCCUUGCUACCGUCACUGCCCCCCAAAAGAACUUCAAGAGUGCUUCCCGUGUUGUCUUUGAGAGGAAGCUGCGGGUGAAAUCCAGCUUUGUUGCAGCACUGGAAAAGUCAUAUGGGACCAGGCCCAGGAUCAUGACUGGCAACCCUCGCAUAGACCUGCAGGAGAUUAACAACUGGGUACAAGCCCAGAUGAAAGGGAAAGUUGCCAGGUCGACCAGGGAGAUGCCCAGCGACAUCAGCAUUCUGCUUCUGGGUGUGGCUUAUUUCAAGGGACAGUGGGUAACGAAGUUUGACUCCAGGAAGACCUCCCUCCAGGAUUUCCACUUGGAUGAGGACAGGACUGUGAGAGUCCCCAUGAUGUCGGACCCCAAGGCGAUUUUACGUUAUGGCUUGGAUUCUGAUCUCAACUGCAAGAUUGCUCAGCUGCCCUUGACUGGUAGUAUGAGUAUCAUCUUCUUCCUUCCCGUGAGAGCAACACAGAACUUGACUAUGAUAGAAGAGAGCCUCACCUCUGAAUUCAUUCAUGACAUAGACCGAGAGCUGAAGACUAUCCAAGCAGUUCUGACUGUCCCCAAGCUGAAGCUGAGUUAUGAAGGCGAAGUUUCCAAGUCCCUACAAGAGAUGAAACUGCAAUCCUUGUUCGAAACGCCAGACUUCAGCAAGAUCACAGGCAAACCUGUCAAACUCACUCAAAUGGAACACAGGCUUGGGUUUGAGUGGAAUGAAGAUGGUGCAGGAACCACUCCCACCUCACCCCUGCAGGUUACCCGCCUCACCUUCCCCCUGGACUAUCACCUUAACCAACCUUUUAUCUUUGUACUGAGGGACACAGACACAGGAGCCCUUCUCUUCAUAGGCAAAAUUCUGGACCCCAGGGGCACUUAAUGCCCCAGUUUAAUGUCCCAGUAUCCUGGAAGAAAACUAGAAGAAUGGCAAGAACACAUUACAUGAAGGUGCUCCUAUAGUUUCUAUGUAUGCUUUGCAAUA